AUGCCAAAUAUCGAAAGCCUGAAUCUGAGUGGCUGUUAUAACUUAACGGAUAAUGGCCUCGGGCAUGCCUUUGUCCAGGAUAUAUCUUCCUUGCGAGUGCUGAACUUAAGCCUGUGUAAACAGAUCACAGACUCUAGUCUGGGCAGAAUCGCUCAGUACUUGAAAAAUCUGGAGGUACUGGAGCUAGGUGGCUGCAGCAAUAUCACCAAUACUGGCCUGUUACUCAUCGCUUGGGGCUUGCACCGGCUGAACACCCUGAACCUCCGUAGCUGCCGGCAUGUGUCGGAUGUGGGUAUCGGUCAUCUGUCCGGCAUGACUCGCAGCGCGGCUGAGGGCUGCCUCAAUCUGGAGUACCUGACCCUGCAGGACUGCCAGAAGUUGACGGACUUAUCCCUCAAGCACAUCUCCAAAGGCCUGACCAAGCUGCGAGUCCUUAACCUAAGUUUUUGCGGCGGUAUCUCGGAUGCCGGCAUGAUCCACCUCUCCCACAUGACCAGCCUGUGGAGCCUUAAUCUGCGCUCCUGCGACAACAUAAGCGACACGGGCACCAUGCAUCUGGCCAUGGGCACUCUGCGCUUGUCGGGUCUGGACGUGUCAUUCUGCGAUAAGAUCGGCGAUCAGAGCAUGGCUUAUGUGGCCCAGGGCCUAUACCAGCUGAAGUCGCUGUCGCUGUGUUCCUGUCACAUAAGCGACGACGGCAUCAACAGAAUGGUACGCCAGAUGCAUGAGCUGCGGACAUUGAAUAUCGGCCAGUGUGUUCGGAUCACCGACAAGGGCCUGGAGCUGAUCGCGGACCACCUGAGUCAGCUGACGGGGAUCGACCUCUACGGCUGCACAAAGAUCACCAAACGGGGUCUGGAGCGCAUAACGCAGCUGCCCUGCCUUAAAGUUUUGAACUUGGGACUCUGGCAGAUGACCGAGGGUGAAAAAGUGUGA